AUGUCUUCAAAAACAGAAAGAGCGUGCAUGCUCUGUGGCAUAAUCCAGCCAUAUAGGCGAUUUCUUGAAGUAGGGUGCCCGAACUGCGAGUCUGUUUUGCAUUACGCCGACAACGAAGAUGGGCAGAUCCAAGAUUGCACGUCCCCAGCAUUUGAAGGAUUGGUCGCUUUAGGUGACGACAACAAGGCAUCGUGGGUGGCACGCUGGCUCCGUAUCGACUCCUUUGUCGCUGGGUUGUACGCUGUGAAAGUGAAUGGUAAGUUGCCGCCACAUAUCAUCAGUGAAUUGGAGGAUCAGAAUAUCAGUUAUAGACCCAGAGACGGCAGUGCCGAAGAUUAG